UAUGAGGAGGCGGCUUUGGUUGAGCAGCGAAGGUAGAGAGAGAAAGAAAGGAGACGGCGGUUAGAAGAGAGAAAUUCUACUCCGGCAGCUUCAGUCCUUAGUCGACGGAGACGGCGACGGCGGUGGUUUCCAUAUUCUCAAGCUAUCAGAAACCACUUCAGAUUACUAAGGUUUCCAACAACUGCAACGACAUUCCUCAGAUUACCGCCAAUCAGAAUCAACUCCUCUGUUUUCUUUUUCUCUAACUCAGCUCAGGGAACAACAGUAACUGCACGGCCGAAUACUACAGUUCUCUGUUACCUUUGGACGAUCUUUAGCUCUUAUUAUGGAAAUGAAACAGGUUGAGAAGUCGCGUCGGGAACUGAGAAAGGAAGCUCGGUUAGCGAAGAACCAGAAGAAACAUGAAUCAUGGCUUGAACAUCAGAGACCCCAGGAAUCCAAAACAAUUUCAUCGCAUUCAAAGAAUAAAAAUGCAGAUGCAAAAGACGAAGAAGGGUCACAUAUGGAGCUUACUAAUGAACCAAAUAGCCCCAUUGAGAUAGACACUGUGGUGAGCAAAUAUGAGGUUCCUAAACCUAGCAAAUCCACGCGUUUGAAAAGAAUUGGGGCUCCAAAGAAGAAGUCAAAAAAUUUAUUCGGGGAACCUCUCUCUAUGGAAAUUCAUGGAGGUGGUAUAAUCACAUCUGAGGAGGAUCUGAAAUGGGAAAAGAAGCUCGCAAAAAGGUUAAAGAUUAAGGGUGGGAGGCUACAUGGGGAUGAUGAUGGGCUCAACAUGUUGUUUGAGGGAAUGCCUUCAUCUUUUGAUGCAUUUGAGAAUGGAAAAGCAUAUGAUGAAGAUAAAUCUCUACGUAAAAAAAGAAAGAAAAAUGCAUUACUAGAGAAGAAGACCAAGAAUGAUUGUGAUGCAUCAACAGAUAUGGUCAGUGAUUUACUUGAACCUACCAGUUGUGAGACUGUUAAGAUCAAUGAACUGCAUAAAAGGCCCAAGAGAUCUAAAAGUGAACUUGAUUACUAUGACAACGAUAGUCCUACUGCAUCAAAGAAAGUGAAAACUAAGAAGUCAAAAUUGGGCAGUUACCAGGAAAUAGAAAUGGAGAAUGGCGAUGAUGGCAGUAAUUCAUUAAUAGAAGAGACUCCGCAUGUUCUUGAAUUUUUGGUGGCAAAGGAUGUCAAUGGUGAUGAAUCUUCACAUGUAGGUCAAGUGAAGCGGUCUUCAAAAAAGAAAAGCGAGAGAAUGAGUUCUUUAAAUGAAGACCAAGAAAUUGAAAUUGCAGGUGACACAGAUGUAGUGGUUUCUGAGACAACGGAAACUUAUGAUGAGGAGGAUACACCGAUAAAAGUUUUCAGUGAGGCAAGAGGGUCAAAUGGAGUUAAAAAAUAUGUAGCUCCACACCUAAGAUCAUGUUCAACCACUGAAUCAGAAGAGCAAGCCCAGCUACGUAGAAGAAUACGAGGGCUUCUAAAUAGGCUUUCUGAAUCAAACGUGGAAUCAAUAACGUCUGAAAUAUCUAGUCUCUUCCAUUCCGUUCCUCGUGCUAUUGCCUCACAGAUAAUUGUUGAUGAGGUUAUCUCUUCAUGCUCAGGAGGUCCUCGUGGCAAUGAACAAUACGCUGCUGUUUUCGCGGCUUUUAUUGCAGGCAUGGCUUGUUCCGUUGGGAUCGAUUUUGGCGCAAAUGUUCUGGCUUCUCUUGCUAAACAUUUUGAGGUUGAGUACCUAGAAGAAGACAAUCUUUCUUUGCGGAAUUUGGCUCUUCUACUUUGUUAUUUGUACAUUUUUGGAGUUUGCUCAAGCGACUUAGUAUAUGACUUCAUCAUUAUGUUGAGUAAACGGCUCACAGAGAUAGAUGUUUCUACAAUCUUGACAAUUCUAGAAUGUUGUGGAAUGAAUCUGAGAGGUGAUGAUCCUGUUGAAAUGAAAAAUUUUGUGCUGAAUGUCCAGAAAACAGCUAAUGAUCUGAAGGCCUCUUCCCAAAGUGAUCUUGUAAAAAUGAGUGGCAAAAGGAUGGAGUUCAUGCUGGAAACCAUAUAUGAUAUCAAGAAUAACAAGAAGAGACCAAAAGUGGAUGCUCCCCAGCAUACAAGGAUAAAGAAGUGGCUACAAAAGUUAAAUGUGGAAGAUAUCUUAUUAAGAGGACUUAAAUGGAGCAAGCUUAUUGAUCCUAACAAGAAAGGCCAGUGGUGGUUAUCUGGUGAUUCCGCUUCAAUAUCUGACCAUAUUGAUGAAGUUGCCCAUAAAAUUGACAAGGAGACCCUUGAAGCACAGAAAAUGCUACAGCUUGCUUCUGAUCAACGGAUGAAUACAGAUAUUAGAAGAGCAAUCUUCUGUAUAAUAAUGAGCGGUGAGGAUUAUAUUGAUACCUUCGAGAAGCUUUUGAGGUUGGAUUUGCCCGGAAAACAGGAUAGAGAGAUCAUGAGAGUGCUGGUUGAAUGCUGCUUACAGGAAAAAGUAUUUAACAAAUAUUACACUAUUCUGGCCUCCAAGCUCUGUAGCCAUGAUAGAGGGCAAAAGGUCACAUUACAGAAUUGUAUAUUGGACCAUUUCAAACAGCUGGAUUCAAUGCAAUUGAUAAGAUCAAAGAACCUUUCAAAGUUAUUAGCAGAAGUGGUUGCCUCAUUCAUUCUAUCCCUAGCAAUCCUUAAAAGAGUUGACUUCACAGAUCCCAUUUCACUCACUCCAAGAAGAAUAAUUCAUUUCCGCAUGCUUUUCGAAACAAUCUUCGAUUAUCCUGAUAGCGUUGUUUGGAACAUAUUCACCCGUUUAGCUGGAAGCCCCGAUUGUGAAAUUCUUAGGCAAGGAAUUGAGUAUUUUGUCAAAACUUAUGUUUUAGGACACGACAAGAACAACUCACUUGCCGCGAAAUUCAAGAUCGCUAAAAAAGCUCUGAAUAACGCCGAGGGAGUGCUCAUGUAAGUCUUCUGAUUACUUCGAGAUCUGAUAGUACAUUGUUUUAUGGGAUCAUGGCCUGUUCAUCUUUGUUGUGUUUCAAGGCCUUCUGUUAUAUUAAACUAUUUAAAGGUUAAAUUUUGAGCAUAUUUGUGUAUGUUGUUGGUCACAAUUACAUUAUCAUUUUACAAUUUUGGACCAUGAUUUAGAUUAUUUUAUUGAUUUUCAAAUUAUAGUGUAAGUUUAUUUUUCAGAUUAUGAUC